GCCUUCCCCUCCCCCCCCCCCUCCCCAAAAAAAAAUUUUACCCCAACAAAUUUUUCUCACUUCAGUUUACCGCUAACUCUCAAAUUGCUCAAAUCACCUAAAUUCUUUUGAAUGUCUACCAUUUUUUGAAAGAUGGGAAGCAAAAAUGGUGGAUAUGGCUGACAGUAGCAGUGCCGUUAAUGGCUAUGGCAUGGAGGGCAGUUGAUUCAUGACUGAAAUUUCACUUCUUUUCUUUCUUCCAUAUUGAAUUUCGUCACAGAUUAACGGUGCAAAAGGUAGAGAUGUCAAUGGAAGGUAUUGAUGAUUCUUUUGAACAAAGCUCUUCAACUACGCAAAAACGAGCAAAAAGACAAACGUCUACUGUUUGGGAUUCUUUUGUUAAGAUAUUGUGUUGCAGCGAAAAAGGAUGCAGUCUCUGCGAGACAUUGUACCGGCUGCAUUGAACAACAUAAACACAAAAUUCAUUGUCUUGGACAAAGGGAGGAUAGCUAUGGAAGGACAACAAAAGAUGUGUUUGGCACUAGUGGCGGAUGAGACAGCUGCAGUUCACUUUCAGAUGUGGGGUGAUGAGUGUGAUACUUUUGAGCCUGGGGACCUUAGCCGGUUAAAUGGCAUCUUCUCUUAUAACCGCAACAACCUACUGCUAAGGGCAGGUAAGCGAGGCAAGGCAGAAAAGGUGGGAGAGUUUACCAUCGCCUGCAUGGAGACACCAAACAUGAGCGAGAUACGUUGGGUCCCUGAUCCUAGCAAUUCUAAGAUAUAUGUGCCAGAGGCUGUUAUUUCUCCCUUUUCACGAGUGUUUCCACCAAUGAAUUGAGUAUUUGGCAAUCUUCUUUCUUACAGGGUUUCCCAGGUAUUCUGAGAAUUGACAAACAUGCACACCUGAUCUAAAACAGCUUCCUCGCCUUCGAUUCAUCAAGGUAUUUUCCUUCCAAAAGCUGCAUUUUUGAUUGUAGCACUUGAAGAGUGAUCAGAUUGCCACACUCACCUUUAUUAUGGAUUCUGAGAUAUCUGUUUGAUCAAGAUCAUAGAAAGGCAAUGCUACUCUGGAUCAAAUGCAGGUGUUGGCCAAAUUAAAGUUAAGUUUGGUCAAGAAAACUUGGACUCAGGUUUACUUGAUGCAUGAAUCAAUGUCUGGUGUAACAUUCAAUCUUGAGCUGAAUCAUCUUAUUUGUUUUCGCUUUUUUAUAGUAUUUUUAAGUCUUUACUUUUAUGGAUUUCUUGUGGACAACUCAACGUUUAGCCCCCACAAAAAAGGGAGUGCAUCGACGAUGAUGUAGUUGUAGCAAUCAUCAUACAAGGCAGUUGGUCAUGCAAGCAUUA